AGUUCCAAUCCAAGUCUCGUAUUCAAAAAUAAAAAUUAAAGAAGAAAAAUAAAAGUUUCAACCAAGUCCACGGCACGUACAAGCGGCUCUUUGAAUUCGUGCGUCGCCUUCUUGUCCGUGAUGCUUUUGCCAAUUUGCCUCUUUUCUCUCUCGCUCUUUUCCUCAAAGCCUUCCAUUUUACUCUUCAUUUGGCAUCCGCCACUUCUUUUCUUCUUCUUCAAAUGCUAUUCAACGCCAACCACAUCUCGUCUUAGCAAAACCAGCAUAUGGAUCAGAUCAUCUGCUCAAUGCUUACUAAUUGAUUUCUGGCCCUUCACUCUGUCUUCUUAGCUUGAUCUAUCAAGACAGAAUGGAGUCCUGUGAUUGUAUUGACACACAAUGGCCCCCUGAUGAACUUCUGGUGAAAUAUCAAUACAUAUCCGACAUCUUAAUUGCCCUUGCAUAUUUCUCCAUUCCCCUGGAGCUUAUAUAUUUCGUUCAAAAAUCUGCAUUCUUCCCCUACAGAUGGGUGCUUAUGCAGUUUGGUUUUUUCAUUGUCCUCUGUGGAGCAACCCACUUCAUAAAAUUGUGGACGUUCUCUAUGCACUCUAAAGCUGUUGUUGUGGUGAUGACAGUUGCAAAGAUUUCAUGUGCUAUAGUUUCGUGUGCAACUGCAUUAAUGCUUGUUCACAUUAUACCUGACUUGUUGAGUGUCAAAACUCGGGAAUUGUCUCUCAAGAACAAGGCUGAAGAGCUUGACAAGGAGAUGGGCAUUAUUCUGACUCAAGAAGAAACUGGAAGGCAUGUUAGAAUGCUGACUCACGAAAUUAGAAGCACACUCAACAGACAUAAGAUAUUGAACACCACUCUUGUUGAGCUUGGUAGGGCUUUAGGCCUGGAGGAAUGUGCAUUGUGGAUGCCAUCUGGAACUGGUUCGAAUCUAGAACUUUCUCAUACUCUAAAUUACCAAAUUCAAGUUCGGUCGUCUGUCCCAAUAAACCUUCCAAUAGUCAAUGAAGUUUUCAAUAGUGCUCAAGCAAUGUGUAUUCCCUACACCUGCCCACUGGCAAGGAUCAGACCACUUGUGGGAAGAUACAUGCCGCCAGAGGUUGUCGCUGUACGUGUACCACUUUUAAAUCUCUUAAAUUUCCAAACGAAUGAUUGGCCUGAUCUCUCAGCAAAAAAUUAUGCAAUCAUGGUUUUGAUUCUUCCAACGGAUGGUGCUAGAAAAUGGAAGGACUACGAAUUAGAACUUGUUGAUGUUGUUGCAGACCAGGUAGCAGUUGCUCUUUCACAUGCAGCUAUUUUGGAAGAGUCUAUGCAAGCCCGUCAGCAGCUCGUGGACCAGAAUCUUGCUUUAGAUCGAGCUCGACGAGAAGCAAAAACAGCAAUCCAUGCUCGCAAUGAUUUUCUUUCAGUCAUGAACCAUGAAAUGAGAACUCCGAUGCGUGCAAUCACUGCAUUGUCUUCACUUCUUUUAAAGAAUGACCUAACUCCAGAGCAGAGGGUUAUGAUAGAGACAGUAUUAAAAAGUAGUAACCUUUUGGCAACCCUUAUUAAUGAUGUUUUAGAUCUUUCUAGACUUGAAGAUGGAAGCUUAGAAUUAGAUAUUGGAACAUUCAACCUUCAUGGAGUUUUCAGAGAGGUUGUUAAUUUGAUUAAACCAGUUGCAUCUGUAAAAAAGUUACCAGUACUGAUUCUGGCCCCAGAUUUACCUUUCUAUGCUAUUGGUGAUGAGAAACGACUCAUGCAAACUCUCUUAAAUAUUGUUGGUAAUGCUGUGAAGUUUACAAAAGCAGGUUCUGUUUCGAUUAUCGCAGCUAUUGCAAAACCAGAAUCUAUAAGAGAUUGGCGACCCCUUGAAUUUUACCCAGUAUCAAGUGAAGGCCACUUCUACGUUCAAGUUGAGGCUGCACAUGAUGCUUUUGUUGAAACUAGUGGAUCUCUCAACACAGUUGCUACUUCUCUAAUGAAGAUUGAAAAUGAUAUACGGUUAUUAGGAAGUGGUCCACGUUGUGGCCUUGGUGAGCUCAUCCUUCCUGAAAAUGAGCCUGGCAGCAGUAUAAUGCCUGGGAAGGUUAAUCCUACGCAGUGCGAGGCUCUCACAAUGGUCUGUGCUCAAGUAAGGUGUAUCCUCUUAUUGUUAUACUAAGAUGAUCUAAAUUGCUGAGAAUUUAGAAAGCCUGAAGUAAAAGCUUGACUAUUUUAAAGAUCUUGUGAGUUUCCAAGUUACACAGUCAGUGGUAUUAUGUUGUUAUUUUUUAAGUGAUAUCAGACUAUCAUGUCAUUGUAGAAUCUUCUUUUAUGUCUUCCAGGUUAUGGGUAACCAUGUGGCUAUCACAGUGGGUGGAUCAAAUGGUCACUUUGAACUUAAUCUAUUCAAGUCCAUGAUUGCUAAUGGACUCCUAAAUGCAAGGUUUAAAAUAUUCAAUAUUU